AUGAAGUUCACCUUCCACCUCCUGCUGAUCGCAUUCCUCAUGGCCUUGGCCUACGCUGCCACCGACAACAAGCAGAUUAUCGUCAGCUACCCCAAGGACACUCCCGACUCUGUGAUCGAACAUGCAAUGGCUGUCAUCAAGGAAGCUGGCGGCGUCAUUACUCAUGAGUACAAGAGCCUGAUCAAGGGCUUUGCUGCCACUGCACCCACCAAGGUCGUCAACAGCGUCAAGGCUCUUGGCGAGAAGUACCAGGCUAUCGUCGAGGAUGACCAAGUCAUCUCCGUAGCUGGUUCAUCUCCGUAG